AUGCUGCACGGCAACGAAGCCUUCAGGAGUGUCCCAAACAAGGAUUCCCACCUCGUUCGCCUUCUCCAGCUCAACCUGCUUCUCACGACCAUUUUCGUGGCCCAGUUCCUUAACGGCUAUGACUCGUCCCUGAUUUCUGGGUUCCAGAGCAUGCCCUCAUGGCCUCUGAAGGUACCUGCCGGGCACAAGCAGAGCUCGAGCAACAUCGGUCUGCUCAAUGCGGCCGGAUACCUGACCGGAAUGUUCACUGCGCCCUUCGCGGCAUACAUCGCGGACAGGUGGGGACGCAAGUGGUGCAUCCGGUACUCGUCUCUGGCGAACUUGAUUGGCACCGCUCUCGGCUGCAUUGCUGGUGCUGGGGGAGUGAACGGCUAUGCAGUCUUCAUGGUAUCUCGUAUCAUCAUCGGCUCUGGUCUCACAUUCGCCGUAAUGUGCUCGCCUAUCAUGCUCCAAGAGCUUCCACACCCUAAGCACCGCACGAUCCUCGCGGGCGCUUUCGAUAUCGCCUUUAUCGGUGGAAACUUUGUCGCGUCUUGGGUUCUCUUUGGUUGCGGUCACUUGAAGAACAAUUGGGCAUGGCGUGUCCCCUACCUGAUUCACAUCCCCUUUGCCCUCAUCAUGAUCGUCCUCAUCACUUUCGUGCCAGAGUCCCCGCGUUGGCUCAUUCGGAAGGGCCGCGAGGAUGAGGCGAAAUUGUUCUUCAUCAAGUACCACUCCAACGGGGUGGAGGAUGAGUUCGUUCACUUUGAGCUGGACGAAGUACACGAUGCUCUCCGUGUCGAGCUCGAGACGAAGCAGGACACGUGGAGUGUGAUCCUGUCGUCGCGGAACAGUCUCCAUCGCCUUGCUUGCGCCGUCCUUAUCGCAGUUUGUCAAAACCUGAGUGGGACUGCCAUCAUCGCUUACUGUAAGUCCGCCACAGUUCUCGGUCUCGUCGGCAUCACCGACACCGUCACCGUCACGGGGAUCAACGCCGGCCUCACGACCUUCACCUGCGGCGCCGCCUUACUCGGCCUCUACCUCACGCAGGUCAUCAACCGCCGCCCGCAGCUCUUCGGCACCUGGAUCGCCGUGCUGCUCGCGAACAUCGGGCUCAUCUCUGCGACGGCGAUGUACGAGAAGACAGGGUCGUCGCGCGCGGGCAUCGCCGCGGUCGCGAUGGUCUGGCUCUACAACGGCUCGUUCUUCAUCUCGUGCGGGUCCAUCUUCUUCAGCUACCCCGCCGAGGUGCUCCACUACUCGAUGCGCAGCAAGGGGAUGAUGGUCUGGACGCUCACCGCGAAGUCGCUGUCUGUGUUCAGCGCGUACACGAACCCUGUCGCGAUGGAGGCGAUCGGCUGGAAGUGGUACCUGUUCUACACCGCGAUCCUCAUCGUCACCGGCGUCCUCAUGUACUUCGUUCUCGUCGAGACGCGCGGGUAUACGCUCGAAGAGUACGUCGCUCGCUGUACUUGGUUGAAUGUGGACGGUCCUAACCUACGUGCUUGCAGAAUUUCGGAAGCGUUCGGUGGCAAGCCUUUCCAGGCUUCCGCACUAAGCUACAAGGACAGGAAAGACGGAGUCAGCACCGACGUCAAGGCAAUUGACGAAGAGAGCUCCAUCGGCAAGUGA